AUGCGUCUUUCACUAUCUGCUGUCGGGCUCGGUCUUUCGAGUCUGGCAUAUGCUAGCACAAAUGCUUCAACUACCCUGACCAGCACACUCAGCACUUCCUCCGGCGUUCUUGAGAUCCCCACAGGAUCGAAAUGUGCCUGCGCGAAGCUUUCCCAGGCUAUGCCCCAGAGUUUUAUUCUUCCUGGAUCGCAGAACUACACGACCCAGGCAGUCGACAGCUACUGGGAUAUCCGUGCGGAUCUUUCUCCCGCCUGUAUUGUUGUGCCUUCCACUGCCCGUGAGGUCUCACAGGCCGUUCGGAUCAUUGGAACUUGCCAGGCUAAAUUUGCUGUUCGUGGUGGAGGCCACAUGAACUAUCCUGGUGCCAACAACAUCGAUGCGGGUGUUCUUAUCGGACUGUCCAACCUGGACGCCAUCAACGUAAAGAACGGGAGUGUGGACGUGGGCCCCGGCAACAACUGGUAUGAUGUUUAUUCAGCUCUUGAACCCUACGGUCGCGUCUGUAUUGGAGGACGAAUGAAGACAAUCGGUGUUCCAGGUUUGAGUCUAAUUGGUGGAUUCCACUACUUCAACAACAAAUACGGGUAUGCGAUGGAUAAUGUGAUCAGCUAUGACAUUGUCCUUGGCAAUGGAACUCUCAUUACUGUUACCCGUGACGCCUACAGUGAUUUAUUCUGGGCUCUGAAGGGAGGUGCAAACAACUAUGGCAUUGUCACUCGUUUCGAGCUACGCACCUUUGAUGUUCCUAAGGUCAGCACGACUAUUCAAGUCUUUAAUGAGACUCACAUCCCCGAAUUCUUGUCGGCUGUCUGUGAGGCAGCCGAGCUUGACGAUGAAGACCCUAUCGCUGCUGGCAUGAUCGCAACUAUCACCUAUAAUGCUACAACCCAGAUUGCCCAAGCUUCCGUUCUUGGUGUUCAGGCUGGAAUUAGUAUGCCCCCAUCUCAAUUCACCAACUUCACCCAGAUUCCUGCUACCGAGAGAAUUAAUAAUAUCACUACCAUGAAGCCUUGGGCCGAUGCUCUUGACUCUCCUAAGCAAACCAUGCGUGUCCAAUUCUCACAUAAGACUAUGAAGCCUGAUUCAAAGGUCCUCUAUUCUAUUUACAGUGCUUGGAAAGACGCUGUCGAUGAGAUUUCUGAUGUCCAAGGUCUCUACCCUACUUUUGUGACUAAUGUUAUUUCGCCUACCUCAAUUCGUGUAGCCAAGACCAAUGGUGUUGGCAAUGUCUGGGGCCUUGAGGAACAACCUUUGAUCAUUUGGCAAUUCAGCACUGGCUGGGACUUGGCCCAGGACGAUAUUCGCAUGGAAGCUUGGUCGCGCCAAUUGUCUGAGCAUCUCCACGGUAUCAACAAGAAACUCGGACUUGCUUCGGAGUUCGUAUACAUGGGAGAUGCCGGUGAGUGGCAAGACCCAUAUGCGGGAUUCCCUGGCGAGAACGUUGACCGUAUGCGCGAAAUUCGGUCUGCCUAUGAUCCCGCUGGCGUUUUCUCUAUUCUCAGUUAUGGCGGUUUCAAGCUUGGUCUUUAG